AUGACAUCCAAGUCCUUCCUUGUCGAGAACCCAUCAAGGUAUCCGGAGUUAUCCACCUUAUCCAUGAAUGUUUUCUACGCUCAAAAGAAUAAAGAUAUAAAGCAAUGUAAAAGUAAUUGUCGAAAUAUCGAUGUCGAUAUUCUUUAUCCUACUUCAUAUCCUUUCCAUUGUCAUUCUUCGAAACAAUCAAACAAGGAUAAGGAAUCGAGAGAAUCCAUGUCGUUCAGCCCUGUGGAUUCACUAGCUCUAUCGGAGUAUUCAUCACAUGAUUUUUCCUCGCCAAUCAACAAUAACAAUGCAAUGGCCAAUCCAUCAUUCCCUUUCCUAUCCCUGCCUCUAGAAAUCCGUCUCAAAAUCUAUCUCCUCCUCCUUCCACCUCGCCACCAUAAAAUCACAACACAAAUCCCCCAUAAUGGAUACUACUUCCCACCCAAAUGUCUUCCUCUCUGCGCAGCCCAAUCUUUCUACCCCCUAUCCCCAGAUACCCCCGACAAACUCACCACGUACAAAGUCCUCUCGACGAAUUCCCACACCGAUCAUCCGAAUCCGAGCAUCCACACGCGUAUCCUAAGCGUAUGUAAACAAACGAAAGAAGAAGCAGAAGAAGUACUGUAUGGAAAUGGAAAUAGCAUCUGGGAUUUCGGUAUGCAUGUCGAAGCUGUGCAACCGUUUUGGAUGGAUAGAAGUCAGGAUGCGAGGGGAUGGGCGCGAAAUUUGAAGAUUGCGAGGGAGGUUCCCGAGGUGGGGAUGGGUGUUGGCGGUAGUGGGGAUGUGGUUUGGGGGGGGUUUUAUGGGUUUAUCACGGGUGAAUUGGUGGGAUUGAAAAGUCUGGAUUUGACGGCUUGGGGAAAUCCGUGGAUGGGAGAAGCACGGGAUGGUUCUGAAGUUGUUGAGACGGGUGAUGUAAUGGCGUUAGAUGGGGAUGAGGCGCGAGAAGUACGGAAAUCGGCAAUAAAAGCGAGGAAUAGUUGGUCGUUGCGUGAUUGGGAGUAUAUGAAGGAGUUACUUGCGCAUGAGGGGUUGAGGAGUGCAAAAGUGACGUGUUGGGGAUUUAGAGAGGGAGUGAAGAGUUCUUGGGCGAAGUGGAUGUUGGAGAGGAGGUCGUUGAUGGAGGAGAUGGUUAGGGAGGGGGAGGUGGUUCAGGAUGUGUUGGUUUGGAAUGGGGGUGGGAGUGGGAAUUGA